GGGUCUGUUAUCGACUAAAUUCUCAAUGAGUUAUAAUUGUUUUGCGGAUUAAUCUCUUGAUCUCACACCAGUGUUCAGUUGUCGGCCCAACCGGUGAGCCCUAACUUUCAUUUCAAAAAACUUUGUAUUGUUUUUUGAAGGAUUUUUACAGCCUUUUGAAGAUGAAGUUUGCGUUGUGUUGUUUGGCAUUAAUUGCCCUCAUUAUCAACAGUGAGUCCGCAUCUAAAGAUAGGUUCAAUCAAAAGUAUCGUGUGGUAUGUUAUUGGGGCUCCUGGUCUUUCUAUAGGCCUGGCGAUGGAAAGUUCGAGGCCGAGAGCACUAACCCUCUGGUGUGCACUCAUCUCGUCUAUGGGUUUACAAAACUAAAUCCCGACAACACUAUCGGUAUAUUCGACAAAGACUUAGACACUGGCGAUACCGACUGGCAAAGUGGUCUCGAAUGGGGACACGGUUUGUGCUCU